AUGCAAUUCUCAACCAAGACCCUCCUCGCCCUCCUCCCCUACUUCCUCCAGGCAAACGCGGGGGCAAGCGGGACAGGCACCACGACCCGCUAUUGGGACUGCUGUAAGCCCAGCUGCGCCUGGCCUGGAAAAUUCAACCUUGCCGCUGGAUCCAACCCGGUACAAAUGUGCGAUAUCAAGGACCAACCUCUUCUGGACUCAAACGCUGCCUCUGGCUGCGCUGGUGGACCGGCCUAUCAAUGCUCCAACGAGUCACCAUGGGCUGUCGAUGACAACCUUGCCUACGGCUACGCAGCAGUGAACAUCGCGGGAGGAUCAGAAGCAAGCUGGUGCUGUGCUUGCUAUGAGUUGACCUUCACCAGCGGAGCUGUUGCUGGACAGAAAAUGAUUGUGCAAGCUACCAACACGGGUUCAGAUUUGUCUGGGAACCAGUUUGAUAUCAGCAUCCCAGGUGGUGGCGUUGGCAUUUUCAAUGGUUGCACAAACAUGUUUGGAGCCCCAAGUUCUGGUUGGGGUGCGCAAUAUGGUGGUAUUGCGUCGAGAUCCUCUUGUGAUAGCUUCCCGGCUGCUCUCAAAGACGGCUGCUACUGGCGAUACGACUGGUUCAAGGGAGCUGACAACCCAAGUGUAUCAUUCAAACAAGUAGCUUGUCCAGCAGCUCUUACCGCCAAAACCGGUUGUGCGAGAGCUGAUGAUUCAGGAGCACCAGCGGCGGACUCACCAGCAGCCAACGCCCCUGCCCCUGCAACUUCAUCGCCUGUUGCUGUCACCCCUUCAUACCCAGUUGUAUCCUCACCUGCCGCUCAACUAACGACCACUUCAACACCAACACCUGCUGCGUCUACCUCUUCUUCCACAUCUACACCCGCCGUCUCCCCAGGAAUUUUCCUUCAACCUUCACCCUCCUCGAAUAUCACUACUCCAGCUCCAAGUCCAAGUCCCGUGGCCACAUAUUCUGCUGCACCUGAAGUUGUAACCGUGACUAUUGAGGGAUGUGAAGCACAGUAUUGA